GUGGCCUAUUUACCUAUUCAACUUUUUGAUCUCUUUAUAUAUCUUUCUUCUUCCCUCCUCCGUACUCUUCACUUUAUUGAUGGCGCCUAAGCUUGAGACAUGGCUUAUCCUACUUCCAAUUCUAUCAUUCUUCAACUUACAUUAUUUUGUUGUUGCAAAACCACAAGUACCUUGUUACUUUAUCUUCGGAGAUUCAGGUGUUGACAAUGGAAACAACUUAGGCCUUAAGUCCACCGGUAAAGCCGAUUUCCGGCCCUAUGGGGUUGACCUUCCCUCGGGCGUACCAACCGGAAGGUUCACCAAUGGUCGCACUGCAACAGAUCUCCUUGCUGAGCUUCUAGGUUUUAACACUUAUCCCCCUCCGUAUGUAACUGUAAGUGGUGAGGAGAUCCUGGCUGGUGUGAACUACGGAUCUUCUGGAGCUGGAAUUCGCCAAGAAAGCGGACGUUUAUUGGGCGACCGAUUUACCAUGGACGAACAACUGAAAAACCAUCUACUGAUAGCCUCCAGAAUUGCUGAUAUAUUAGGGAGUAACGAGGCAGCUACAAAGCAUCUCAACAAAUGCAUAUAUUCACUCACAUUGGGGAGUAAUGACUUCAUCGGAAACUACUUCGUACCUGUUUUCCCAACACGAGAACUGUAUACCAUACAUCGAUGGUGUGAUGUCGUUAUCAAACGCUAUGGCCAACAAUUAAGAACCCUCUACAAUUAUGGAGCAAGGAAGAUAGUUACUUUCAGCCUGCAAAGGCUCGGUUGUGCACCCGCCGUAAUUGCUGUACAUGGUGGCCGCCGUAGUCGGGAUCCAGGUAAUAUUUAUUGCAUAGAGAAGAUCAGUAGAGCGGCAGAACUCUUCAAUGGUAGACUCUUAACACUUGUGGAUGAACUAAACGCUGAGCUACCCGAUGCCAAGUUUGUCUAUGUCGAUAUCUUUACGCAAAAGCCAACCGAUCUUAUACCCUACGGUUUUAAGGUGGUAAAUACUGCCUGUUGCAAACUGCCGCCGGGCACCUUGGGUUUCUGUCUUCCCGGAGGAAUGCCAUGCGAGGACAGAGAUGAUUACGUGUUCUGGGACGGGUACCAUACCAGCGAGGCAGUGAACAAGAUCAUUGCCAAUAAAUCUUACACUUCGAUGUCGCCCGAUGGUGUUUAUCCCAUUAACAUCGCCCAAUUAGCCAAGCUCCAAAUUUGACUUGUGCUUUAUUAAUGAUCGUUGCUAGCUAGGGUUGAUUUCUACUUGAUUAGCAAUUACGGAAUCGCAUUCUACGAAGGGAAGCUUACAAAGGUAAGCUCGGUUAAUGAGAU